GCAAAAAAUGCACUUGAGCUUUACGCCAUACUUGUCGACGAAACUUAUGGAGAACUAACUUCUAGAAUAUUCACUGUAUUACUCCGUCGGGGUAGGCAACAAAUACCGUUAAUUGCCAAGCACACAAGGCUCAGUCCACGACAGUUGCGUCACGGAUUAGUCGUCCUCAUACAGCAGAACCUCAUAUUCUACAGUACCGAUGCCGAUACGGGAGUAACACACUAUGAAGCAAAUCAUUCUGCUGCUUAUGCUCUCUUACGGUCUGGAAAGAUCAUGGAGACAGUGGAAGAUAGAUUUGGAGCCGUAGCCAAAGAUGUAGUGCAAAAUUUGCUUUUAUUAGGUCACACAAAAAUAGCAGACCUUGAAGGAGCAUACGAAGCACAGCAGAAGAAUUUGAAGGAAAAUGUUGAUUCGCAAGACGACUCACAAAUUAUCGGGAUGACUGAAAGAACAAAUAAAGCUCAACUCAGGAAUUUAGACAAAAUUUGUUCAGUCGGUCAACUUCAUUCCAUCAUGUUAAGGUUAUUACAGGCUGGCGUUGUGGAGGAGGUAGCUGAACACAUGUUUUGUAGUCCCACAGACACAUAUAAUAAAAUUGAAAGAGAAGUCCUUCAACUUUAUUACGGCGGUGAUACCAAGGGAUCGAAACAAAAAGAAGAAUUGAAAAUUAGAGUCAAAACACGACUACAGUCUCUAAGGUCAGAUGCCAAAAGUUGGCGAUCUAAGGGGAAAAAAAGACAAUAUGAAAAUAGCAACUUGGUUGGCUUAAAUAAUAUCGCCAAACCAACGCCGCUCUCUAAUGACAUCGAAAUCAAUAGCGAUCAUCACUAUGAAGAUCUAGGCUUACAGCUUAACCCUCAAAUGAUUGUUCGCAUCAACUACGACAAAUGCAUAGUUUUCCUGCGUAGCCAUAAACUCACCGUCAGCGCAAAAGAACGUAUUGGUGAAACCACAUCAAUUAUAUACCGUGAAGCUUUGAAGCUCAUAGAAGAUCGGAUUGCGCGCUGUCAACUAGACCCAAACAUCGAUUUACCAGUGGAUCAAGCCGAUAUACUAAGAUUUACAACUAUAGAGCUAACUGCCACUUUAAAAAGCUCAAUUGACACGAAAUCUGGUAUCGCUAAACUUGAUGCUGAUGGAUUUGCAGGGUUGAUCUCAGAUGAAGAUUCAGAUUCAGAAGAUGAGCAAACUAUCAACAUCAAUGGCAAAAGAAUAUACAACCACAUCCCAAAAGAUCAGGCUGAACAACGGCCAGCAAUUAAGGGGCAAUUGAGAAGCCCCAUUUUUGGCAAAAGAACCACAAUCAAUGCAUCAGAUUCACGUGAAAAUAGAGCUCAACAAAUUAAAAACCAUCUCUCUUUGUUAGCAGCUGACGAGUUCAAAUUCCUGCGAAAGUGUGGAAAUGGGGGAAUGGGUGAAUGGACAAUUGACUUUGAAGAGGUUGUUGAUCGCUUGCGAGAAGCGGAAAUUGAUUCAGCAACACUAGAAAAUUUUGGUAAUUCUGGGCAAAGGCUUGCAAGACUAUUGAGAAAGUACGGCAAACUCGAUGAGAAGCAGCUUCCAAAUAUAGCUUUGUUGAAACAAAAAGAUGUCCGGACGAAGUUAGCUGAAAUGCAAAUGGCAGGUGUUGUUGACAUACAGGAAGUUCCGAGAGAUGCUAAUCGGACAAUUCACCGUACAAUUUUUUUGUGGUACUUUGACAAGCAAAGAGUCUCUGAAAUGCUUCUGGAUAAUGUGUUCAGAAUGAUGACUCGGGUUUUCCAACGUCUCGAAAAUGAAAGAAAAAAAGCUAGAGAGGUAUUGGACUUAACACAACGAUCAGAUGUUCGUAACCAGAAGCCUGCUGAGUACUUGGACAAAGAUCAGCUUUACCAGCUGAACGAUUACCAAACAAAGGAAGAAAAACUUUUGAUUCAACUUUCACGGCUUGAUGAAUUGGUUGGGAUAUUUCAUGAUUACUAA